AAAGAAAAACAUAAGUGGAAGGAUGGGACCCGAGCGGAAUCGAACCCGGAGAAUCUCUUGAUUACCAGCCUGCGACUCUACGCCCGACGCCACGCAUCGCCUCAGCUUUUCAAGCAAGAAAUACACAUAAACACAAAAUCAUAUGAUUAGCUGUCAAAUAUAAAAAUUUUAGGGUCUUUAAAAAUUCUUUAUUUAAUAGUCAAUUGCGUGACAUUGGAUCUAUCUGUGUUUUCUUGUUGAAAAGCUCCUACUGUAUAUUAUUUAUGUAUAGCAAAAUAUAUCGCGCAAUAUUAAUGACAAUUAUAUUGAAUCUAUCGGGAUCCGCCAGGACUUUCGCGUCCAUAAUCUUCACCGAUAUAUUUUCAGCCGCACUAACGCGCAUACGCGAAAAAGGGAGCUCUGAUCGAAACAUCACUGCUCGCGAGUUCCAAACAGUUCCAAAUGCGCGAUCAGCUGUUCACCUGAAAAUAAACCUAAGCAAAACAGAAUGCUGUUGCAUAGGGUGAGAUUUUUGUUUCACGGCGCGACUGCCUCUAAAAGAACUCACACAAUAUCCAAACCGUUUCUCCGGUCAGCGAUAACCACACCAUCCGGAGCAAUCCUACCCGAGCCAAAGAGAACUCCAUUCAGUUUCCUGGGCGUCGUCAGCAGUGUCGUAUUCGGUCUCUUGGUCGGUGCCACGAUCAGCAAGAACAUAGCUAACUUUUUGGAGGAGAACGAUCUCUUCGUUCCCUCCGACGACGACGAUGACGAUGACGAUGAUUAAUAUAACGUCAGCACUUCGUUCCAUUGUAAUUGUUGAAAGUAAUCAGCCAAUUAGACGUGCUCUUAAUACUAACGAGUUAUUUGAUGCCACGGUGACACAAGAAGAGUCAUUACACAAAUUCAAGUAAUGCAGGGAGAGAAAUCUCUUCGCUUAUACAAUUUAGGUAUCUUAUUUAUAAUAUACUCUAAUACCUGAGAGAGAUUAUGUGUAAGUUAUCAUAGAAAUAUUUAUUUAUACAAUUGUUGGAAGUAGAGCUUUUAAAAAAUCUAUAUAUAAAUCUUGCUGUUGUUGCGCAUGACUUGGCGCAAGACACUCUUGUAUUUCUUGAUCUAAAUAUAUAUAUAUAUA